AUGUCCCAUAGCGCGAGCCCCGGUCCGGCUGCGGCCGAGAGCCAGUACUUCAGCAGCAACCCGCCGCCGCCCUCGCUGCAGGCGCACCUGACGCUUGCCCGUGCCUUCAUCGGGCGACACGCCGAGGAAGGCCGUCGCGUGGCGCUCGUCACAUCAGGCGGCACCACGGUGCCGCUGGAGGAGCAGACGGUCCGCUACAUCGAUAACUUCUCGGCAGGCACCCGCGGCGCCACGUCCGCCGAGUACUUCCUGCAGAAUGGCUACGCCGUCAUCUACCUGCACCGCCAGUUCUCGCUGCUGCCCUACAGCCGCCACUAUUCGCACAACACGCGCUCCUUCCUCGACUUCAUGCGGGAAGACGAAGCCGGCCGCGUGAUUGUCGACGAGGAGCAUCAGCGUAAGAUGCUCCGGGUCCUGCGCCAGUACACCGAGGUCAAGCGCCAGAACACGCUGCUGAUCCUGUCCUUCGUCACCAUCACCGACUACCUGUGGGAGCUUCGCGAAGUGGCCAAGCUGAUGCGGCCGUUGGGCAGCCGCGCGCUGUUCUACCUCGCUGCCGCUGUGUCUGACUUCUUCGUUCCCAAAGACCGCAUGGUCGAGCACAAGAUCCAGAGUGCUGAGGAAUUCACCCAGCAGCAAAAGGAUGCGUCCGCCGGCGCUGUGAGCAACAAGCCUCAGCCUGCGGCUCGUACCGAAGGCAAGUCCCUCAUCAUCGACUUGGAGCCUGUCCCCAAGUUCCUCAAGUCGCUGGUGGAUGGCUGGGCUCCCGACGCCAUCAUUGUCUCGUUCAAACUGGAGACGGACCCCAGCAUGCUGCUCCGCAAGGCCACCUACGCUUUGAAGCGCUACCAUCAUCACCUCGUGAUUGGCAAUCUGCUGUCGACCCGCAAGUGGGAAGUCGUUUUCGUCAGUGCUGACGAAGGCGAGAAGUGGAUUCGCGUGCCUCGAAACCGGAGAGGCAGGAGUACGUCCGGCAUCGAGGCAUUGGUAGGCAAGGCGGCACUGCAAACAAGGAGUGACGAGGAUGCUGUUGAGGAGAGCCAGGAACCUCCUGUGCUCAGCGAUGCCGAGCCAGUCGUCGAGAUCGAGAGCCUCAUUGUUCCCGAGAUUGCGAGACUUCACGACAAGCUUAUCCAGAAGGCGACAGCCGGCUCCUCUUGA